AUGCACAACGGUACUCCAGAUCGCAGGCAGGGCAGUGUCGGCGAUCGCAAUCCGCAUCGAGCAAUCACGUCCCAAAAGUCAACAAACACUAGACACCGUCAUCCGCCAUCAUCAUCUUCGACCAUCAGCACACACACAAAACGUCUUCCUUCCUUCGAUCCUUCCAUCACCCGACUACCUACGCACACUCCUUCUCUCCAUCUUCCUUUGUCCUACCCACAUUCCAAACUCACUUCAGACCCACCAGGCACAGUCCACCUUGCAGCGACACCUACGCCGACCGGAACGUCUACGAUGACUGAGUCGCGUCUUCCUCGGUCGACCUCUUUAGCGGCAACAAGAGGUACCAAGUCCGUCAAGUCGGGGUUAGCAGCGUUAGCAGGCGGCAAGAUCCCGGUCCCUGCUGCCCAAACAACAACACCGGCUCCAUCUCAAGUCUCGCAAUCCACACGCAGUACCCGUGCCAAAGCACAGGGCAAACACCGUCCGACUGCCAGCACGGCGUCGGCUGCGCUCUCGACCACCUCAACGACAACUGCCGGACGCUCGUUGCGUCCCUCUCACUCGUCGGGAACGAUAGCACCGUCCGCGUCCAGUCAGAACGUCGCACUCAACAAUGCCAAGCGCAUCGUCGCGCAGUCCUCCACCAUCCGCCGAACUGUGAGUCCACGCUGCGUGGCUUUGCACAGUCAGCUGACAGCAGAACUCGGCCACGCCGCCGACACAGACGCCGCCGAAACGACCAACGCGGAGCCACAAGCGACAGUCGGCCUCUGUGUCGACGGCCGAAGCAGCCAUGGGCGUGACGCGAUCGUCGAGUGUCGCUUCGCGAUUGGCGAGCAAGCUCGAGCCGCUGACCGCGGAGCGUGGCUCAACUCAUCGUACGUAGCUAGAUCGAGGAGUGGCCUUCUGAGCCCGACACCUGCCAAUGGCUCUGAUUCCACGAAGGCGUCGCCGAAAGUCUCCCGGCCGUCACCGCCCCGAGCCCGUCACCUGCGUACCACGUCCAUGGUGACGUCCACACCCAAGCGCGUGCGCCGCCGCGGCGUACCGGAUACACCAGCGCUCUCGACGCUUCUGUCGGGCGAUGCGUCGGCGCUUGCCGGUCUCGACGUCAGCCUCGCCUCAGACACGUCGUUCAACCACCUGACGCCGCCCCGUCCGCCAAAAUUAUCCGCCUCUACAACCGGCAGCUCGCGCUCCGUGUCCAACCCGAACCCGCCGAGCAAGCUGGUGCGGAGCGACUCCUCCCCCGCUCUGAGCCUGGGCAAGGGGCACAGCCAGUUCGCGCAAGAGCUGGGCCGCUUACGUGCGCAGCGCAGUGAGCUCGAGGAGCGGCUGGCGGGGAUGCGCGCGGAGGAAGCGAGACUGCAGGCGUUAAUCGAGAGGACGAUGGCGGAACGCCAGGCGGCACUGGACGCAACGGCCGAGAUGGAGCAGGCGAAAAACCAGGCUAUCUGGAACGGCAUCAUCAGUGCGUGCGAGGAGGCGAUCGAGAGCGAGCAGGACUUCAAGGCGACACUGGACGCGCUGAGGGUGUUGGUGAUGGCAUAA